AUGUCUGACACAUUCCAAGAACUCGCCGAUAUCCCCAAGGACUUCGUCCGCGAUGGCAUGCAAUUCAUCAACCGCUGCACCAAGCCAGACAAGAGGGAAUUCUUGAAGAUUUCUCAGGCUGUUGGCGUCGGCUUCGUUAUCAUGGGCGCUAUUGGAUACUUUGUCAAAUUGAUCCAUAUCCCCGUCAACAAUGUCUUGGUCGGAUAG